AUGGUCCAGCCCAUCAGUCAGGGAAAAUUUGCAAAUAAUUCAUGCUUUGACUUGGAUUUGAAGCCAGUGCCUUUCAGUGCAGUUACUCAAGCAGUUCUCAGGAAAGGCCAAAUGGAGGCAAUCAGCACAAAACGCACUAAGUGUACAUCUGGCAAGUUCCAGUGUUUCUAUCUGCUGGGUAAAUUCUCAGGAGGUCAGGAGGAACUUACCACAUCAGCACAACAGAGCCAGCAGCAGAACAGGACUUCUCGGAAGACCAUGCUGGCAGGGGACUCUGAGGAAGAGUGUUGGCUUUGGGAAGAAAUGGAACCUGCUGCUGAGUCCCUUAUCCUAUGUGGGAGGAACAUCAAGCUAGUAGCUCAGAAACUCCACCUUCAGCCGCAAUGUCAGAGCUACCAGGAAGAGUUAGUGUCCACAGCUCAGCAGAUCCUCAUGGACAUCACAAAGGUAUCUGCCAACCUGGGGGCGGUAAGCUUCAGUGUCGCUCUAAAAAUCACGGCAGGGUGUUCAAGCGCUCUGCCCCGACUGUCCCAACAGAUGCUGCUCCUCGAAGAUGCCUGUACCACGAGGAUGACGGUGCGGGCAAUCGGCUGCUGCCUGAGCUGCCUGGACGAGCUGGAAGCGGCUGGGGACGCAGACUGGCCGCUCGGUUCCUUCGCCGACCUGGCGGGGGCGCUGCAGCGCCUGGCCGGCUUGACCGCGCGCGGCCCCGGGGAGCGCCUGGCCCGCGCCCGCGGCCUGCUGAGGGCCUGUGUCCCCGAGCUCCUGGCGGCCGCCCGCGAUCCCGAGCCCGGGUCCGGCCGGCGCCACUGUUUGGCGCGCGCCAGGAAGGCCCUGGGGCAGCUGCUGGAGCUGCUGGAACCCGGCGCGGCUCCGCCCCCCCGCCAAUGGAGCGGGGCGCUCCCGCGGCGCCUGCGGCAGCUGCGUCAACUGCAGGGGGCGCCCGCGCCCGAGCUCCUGCGCCGCGACCGGCUGGACGCGCUGCUGGAGGCGGUGGUCUGGCUGUGCCUGCGCCUGGCCGCGGGGGCCGCGCCGCGGGAGAGGCUGCGCCUGCUGGCUCGCUGUCGCCGGCUGCUGGAGCGGCGGAGCGCCGGCGCGCGCCGUCUGGGCCAGGCCUGCGGCACUCGGGGCCCUGGCGCCCUGCAGCCCGGGGAGGAGAGCGCAGCGCUGUGGGUCGCGGCGGAGGCGCUCUCCCAGGGCGCCCGCACCGAGCUGCUGCGCCAGAUCCUGGACACGUUCACCGACAUGCAAAGUCCUCUUCAAAGGCUGGUCCAGGCUGCCAUGGGCAAUUCCUCAAUGAGCUGUCCAGGCCCUUGGCCCUUGCCCAAGAGCCUCCAAUUCUCCCUUGCUGCCUUCCAUGAAAAGGCCAAGCAGAUGUUCAGAGUGGCUCACUUGGUCUUGGUUUGCUGCCCGCGACAAGAAACCAAAAGAGAAAUGGAGAUCACCAUGGCAUAUCUUUGGGGGCUUGUGGUCAGAGUACAACAACUUUUCUCGCAAAACCCCCAAAGCUCUGAGCUGGACUGGACCCCCGCCGCUCUACAGGCCGUGCUUCAGGCCUGGACCCGAGCAUCAGAGUGCCUGUUGGCAUGUUUUGAUGAUGUUCUCUAUAUUCCUGAGUUCCUGACUGUGUCUGUUCAGGAAAUGACCAAACAUUUGUACUUCUUCACAUGGGCUUUGAGGAGUGAAGACUGCAGAGAGUUUUCAAUGCAUGUGGCAUAUUUACAGGGGCGAGCCACACACAUAGUACAGGUGAUGAAGAGAUACGUAGGUCAAAAUCGAGAUCCUAUUUUACGGAAUGGCCUAAGAGUCUUGAUCCAGCAUCUAGAGCAAUCCUCCCUGGUCCUGGGUGCAGCUGCUGAGCGCUUUUCAGGCAAGCCCGCCUUUCAUGACGCAGAGGCGGUUUUAGCCAUGGCAAAACACCUGGUUUCUUCAGCUCAGAGCAUCCGAGAAGGACUGGAUGGAACUAACCACCCAGAUAUCCUCAGCCCCCUUCGGAGCCAAGUCCGGAGGUUUGACAUUGCUAAGGAACGGCCUCAUUUCAUCCUUGCCAGCUUCCAAGACUCCCUAUCUCCUACAUCAAAGCUCCAGGGGAGACCAGCAUUGGGGGAUAGUGACUCAAGGACUUGCUACCCACGGAGGGACUAUCUUUCCUGCCCUAUGAUUCCUGACACCCAUCCACUGAGGGCAGGCUCUUUUCUCCCUGAUGUCAGCAAACCAGCUUGUAGCCAGCCAGGGCCACCAGACAGAGACCUCAGCACCAAUCCGCAGAAGUUAAAUUUAGCUGUGAAUAUAGUUCAAGAGGUCCUGGCUGGGAAGGGACCCCUGGAGUCAGAGACAAUGACUAGACUCCAAGAAAUUCUCACACUGGCACCUUCUAUUAAUGACCUAGCAAGAGAGAUGGGACAUUGCUCCAAUGCUAGAGCUGAUAGGCUUCUGGAGCUAGAUCUCCCAUCAUCUGAGAGAAACAAGGAAACCAGGCAUGCUUUGGUAGCCAUUGCUGGCAACUGGUAUCUUCUCUGUCAGCAGCUAUUUUGUCAAAACCAAGAAGCUGAUCUUGCACAGAGCGUGGCAGUAUUUGUAGAACUUCAGCAGAAUUUAACUUCAUUGGUUCAACUAGCAACCAAAUGUGUGCCCAUGGAUUUGGGCAAAAAGGGCCCUUACUCCACAGAGGAAGCACUUUUACAAAUGCAGGGCAGAUUGGGAGAGGCUGAGACCCAUGCCAAAGAACUGUUGAACAUAGUCCUGAUUUCUGAUGGCCUCCAGACACCUGAAUCAUGGAAGGAGAGCAUUGAGGACGAGUGCCUUCUGUGGUCAGUGGCUGUCCAAGACCUGCUCCAUUGCAUAGAAAAGUUCAGCAAGAGACAAUGCCUGUUCCUGCUCCCCCUACGGCAGGCCAUACAGGAUCAGCAGGGAUUGCAAGCAGGGUUGGUUAGGGUGGCAGAUGUUUCUCGGCGGCUACAAGAAGCUACCAGACUGUCCAGCCAACUAUGUGGGAAUGAGCAGGUCAAGGGGGAGGUUUUAUUUCUGUGCAGGGAAGUUCACGUGCUCACCGAUGCUCUGCUGGAUGUAGCACAGAUUCUGACCUCCUCUCCCAAACCAUCUCCCAGUGUGUCCACCUGGUUUGAACUUCUCUUCUUUGAGCUCACCCUUCGAUCAGUGGCCCUGAUUGGCCACCUCAAUAACAUCAAUGCAGACUAUGAACAUGCCUUCCAUGAUGCCUUCUGCCCAUGGCUCUCUGUCUGCAACAAUUCCUGGACUAGUCCAGAAAACAAUCUACAGAGAAUAGUGUCUGGUAUCCAGGAAGUACAGAAAAUUGUGGCAAGAAAUCAGGAGUCUGGUUCUUGCUCAAAAGACCUUUCUGUAGCUCUGGAGGACAUCCUCAUCCUUACCCAGGAAAUGGCUCAAAAGAUCUCUGUGCUCCAACAGCAUCCAGAGGAAAGGGGAAUACUCAUCCUGGACUGGCCUCAAUGGGAGUGGGCAGCCAAGGCCCACCAUGCCGUGGCCCAGCUAAAGGCCUGGAAAGGUGGUCCAAUCAAGGCCUGGAGACUCUUGACCCAGUGCUUGAAGUCCUGUGACAAGCAGGCAAAGGCCUUAGAGCAGAGCCUUUCCCAGCUCCAGCCUCACUGUGGGGAGCAUGAGCCCGCAGCCACUGCUGAAAACAGCAUGCAUCUUCAAGGAGUCCAUGCUCCAGAAGGCAGCCCAGGGAACAUAGCUGGCUCUGCUGAUUCACUCCUCACCAGUACACCUGCAGCAGACCUGGGCAGGAUGUCACAAGACCUUCCCGACACCCCCCAGUGUCUGACCUGGAACCAGUCUCUCCCCGAGUGUGGCACCAUGGACAGUGAGAACAGAAUCACCCAACUGAUCCAGGCGAUUACCAAGGAGGUGCUCCUGAUGGCUGGGAAUUUGAAGAGGAGAGGACACAUGUUGACCAAAGAUCAACUCAUUGCCUCUGCUAGGAAAAUUGCAAUUUGUGGACAAAACUUCGCCAGACUUGCUAGCAUCAUUGCUAAGAACUGUGUGGAUCCGAGGUGUUCUCAGGAACUCUGGUGUGCGGUAGAGCAAACCCAAACAAUGAGCCGCCAGCUCUGUAUCAUCUCCAGUGUAAAGGCCUCCCUGGCAAGAAGCAAGUGCUCUGAAGAGCUCCUGGUAGAAAAUGCACAGCAGCUGCUCCAGGUUGUGUCCAAGACCAUGAGGGCUGCAGAAGCUGCAAGUCUCCGGGGUUUGAGACAACCUUCCACAGAUCCAGAGGAAUUAGAAGUUACUGCCUUCUCUGUGCAGUGGAGAAGAAAACUGCUAAGGCACAGACUUCAAGAAGCUUCAAAUCUGGACUGUGAUGAACUGGGUCUGCGUAAAACAAGCACGAAAAGGCCCCCAACACUAGCAGCUCUGGUUUGAGAAAUUUAUAAAAUCUGAGAAAUACUCUAA